AUGAGGUCCAUUAGAUUUCUAUUGUUUUUGGCGGUGCUGGGAUUGGAAGUGGUCUUGAUUCGUGGAAAAAUAAAUCCAGUGGCGUUGGGGAGUGAACACUCCGGCGACACUGACGAAAACUUCAUCUCCCAAGACAUCGAAGGUUCUGGAGUUCCUCCGAAGAACCUCUCCAUCAUCGCAGAGCAACCAAAUGUUGGGAAUGAAGAAUUGGUGGCCGAAGGAUCGGGCGGUCCUAUGAUUCCACCUAAACCAGACUCCUCAGGAUCUGACGACUUUGAGGAUGGAGCUUCUGGGGAGCCAAUGUUUGGAGGAUCAGGAGACCCGGGGGUGGUUCCGAGAACCGAGAAACCAUUACCUCCGUUUGUUGAAGACCUGGUUACUGGGCAACCGGAGGAAUCAACAAUGCCACCAAAGGAUCCGGCGGAGUUCGCUACCCAUGAACCAGAUAUCAUUGAUGAUGAACCAACUGGACCCACCACUCCAUUCGAUAUCAACAAUUUGGAGACUGGUGUUCCAGAAGGGUCUACAAAAGAACCGUACAUGCCGAAACCGGUGACAAAACCCAAACCAGGACAACACAACUAUUCCGACGAUUCCACUGAUGGAUAUUCUGGAGGCACAGGUUACACAGACUUCUCCGACUUUACAGAUGUCCCUGGAGGGUCUAGUGAGCUUCCAAUGGAAAGUAUCCCACCGGUUCAUUGGACGAAAUCAACACCAAGAGAUUUCACGAUUAGUCAGAAGAUUGAUGAGAAUAGUGCAGGUUAUCAACAGUUGUUGCACAUGUUGGAGGACCUUGGACACCGUCGCAAAGACGACAUCAUCGAGAAACAACAGACAGAAUUCUAUGUCAGCAGAGCUUCAAGUCUUAUGGAUUCUAUUGAUAAUGUAAGAAUUGUUUUUAAGAAAGUAUUAUAUGUGGAGGCGGGCCUUAAAUGCGGUCGGAGACAGACCCGCUCCUGA